AUGGGCAGCGAUGCCUACGAGCAACUCCUCGCACUCGGGACACGCAACACAGAGUCUUCCCGCAGCACCGCGCAGGCCGUGCUAGCGCAGAAGAAGGCACGUGAGGCGGAGCAGCGGCGGAAACGGGAAGAGAGCGAGCGCAAGGAGCGGGCCUUGGAAGAGGAGAUGCGGAAGCGACAUUUCCAGAAGCUGAAGGAGGAGCAGGAGGCCGAGGCACGGAAAGCUGAGCGAGAAAAGGCAAGGGAGGCUGACCGUGAGCGUCGCGAAGCCGAGCAGCGGGAUAUCUUGCGGUUUGGGCCAAAGCAGGCGAAGCAAAGUGGGUCGAAGUGGCCGUCCUCUUCCUCUGGCGUGCGGGAGCAGGUCAGGAAGAAGCGCUUGCCUAGUGACGAGGAGGACGACGAUGCCGGGGGCAGCGUCCUGACACGUCAAGAGAAACGGGAACGCAAAUUGCAAGCAGAGCUGAAAAGGGCUUUCCACGCUCCUCGGAGACCAGUUGGCUAUGGUGGUGGCGGCGGGACCCGCAAAGCUGGACGCAAGCUGCCGGGAGGCGCGUACGAUAUUGCCACGAGUGACGUGACAGCCUCAGCUAGCGGGUCGGGCAACGUGCGAGAUCGACUGUCGGCGAUGCCGAACACGCUCACGCGACUGAACGUUAACAAGCGCGAUACGCGGACGAUAGACGAGAUCGUGCGGGAUAUGCGGAGUGGCGGCGCGAAGUCGGAGACAUUGAACGGGGAGUCGGCACGGACGUUCGACGACUGGUUUACGCCCGCGCAGCGAUCGAGCAAAGCGACUCCCGCUGCUUCUGCUGGGCCCUCUCGUCCUUCCUCACUCCCCCCACCAUCGAGCUCGGCGGCGUCAGGCGGUAAACGUGCCACGACGACUGCUUCACCGGGACCAACCGGUGCCCCGAAGCCCAAGCCUCGCUUGUCGAACUCGCAGGGAUCUUCGACCUUGAAAAAGCGGUCCAUCUCUCAGUCCGACUCGCGCUCUGCUUCGCCUGCCCCAAAGCGGGCUAACGUGGCAUCUGCUUCUGGGUCCUCAUCCAAAUCCAACAGCAAACCACCUCGGCCAGCGGUGCCGUCUUCGUCGUCCUCGAGACCCAAAUCUCGUCUGCCUCGGUCGCCCGGGGAAGGCGAUUCCUCCGCCAUCGGGGACGUGAUCUGGGAGAUGUUCGGGAAAAAACGGUCGUCGUAUGUCGCGAACGAUGUGUAUUCUGACUCCGAGAACGGCUCGGAUGACAUGGAGGCCGAUGCGAUGGCGCUGGAAAGGGAGGAGAUGGCCAGCGCACGACUCGGGCGGAAAGAGGAUCGUGCACUGGAGGAGGAAGAAAGGAGACGGAUGGAGGAGAAAAGGCGCCGUAUGGAGCGUUAG